AUGUUUCUAACCGUCUAUUACUCUUUGAAAGAGACAAGCAAGAAGGAAACCACCCGUCCAAGGUUCACCAAAGGAUUGAUCAGAAGGGAGGCCAAGGCAUUGAAGAGAGAUAACGAUGGCUGGGAGAUGUCUGCUCAACAAAAUAUUUGCGAAUCCUCCGAAUAUCCUGAAUCUCCAAUGCCGAGAACCUCGUCUCUCCGUGACGCCCAAUCGAUCACUCGUCGUCGGUCGCCAUCGUCCGAUAAUGAUCUGCGACCACUCUCUUCGAAAACCGGAAUGCACGACUCCAGGAGCUCGACUCGUGGAAACGUGCCAUCCACGUCAAACCGUCUACUAUCAUCAUCUUCUGAAUCAUCUGGUGGAUCACCGCAACCAAAGCGGAGAAACUCCCAUACCCGUCGUGGCGUUCAAUCAUCUUCUCGUCGUCGUCGGGCACCAACGCCUGAUUAUGUUUUGCCGGCACACUAUUCGGCCAAGGGAAUGCACACUCCAAGGAGCUCCACUCGCCGCCGAAAUGUGCCAUCGUACCGUGUUUUGUCGCCUCUCUCCGACUCUUCAGAUGAUUCACCACAGCCAAUGUGUCGAAAGAAUCCAAAAGCACCUAAGAGCUCGACUCGCACCCCCUCAUACAGUUCUCCAUCAUGUUCUGAAUCAGAUGGUUCACCAGAACCAAGACGGAAAAACAAUCGACGAGCCCAUAAAGAUCGAGAACUCAGUCGAGACGAGUUAAUUCGUCUUAUGGAAGAGUGUGAAGCAGAUCUCUCCUUCCCAACGCCGUCUGAUUCUGAAGAAGAUGAUGCUGAGUCCAGUGGAUCAGAGUUCGAAGAACCCACACCAAAGAAAAUGAGUGCUCCAAAACGUCCCAGAGAACGAUCUCCAGUUAUUGAGAGGACUGAACACCAAAAAUCAGUCGGUAAAAAAACACUGAUAGCAAUCUUCAAGGAAACUCAAAACCCGUCGCGAGAAAUGAGAGCUAAAAUAGCCAAAGUGUUGAAAAUGAAUAAGAGCUUGGUGAAUCGAUUCUUCAGACGGGAGAGAAAGAAGAAUGAAAUCCCAGAUAGAGUAAAACGGAUCACUCCUGAAAUGAGAAUGAAGUUGGAGGCAGAGUUUGAAACAAAUCCCAAUCCAACAACGGAACGAAAAACAGAGCUGGCCACGGAGUUCAAUGUUUUGCACGAGAGGGUGGCGGCCUGGUUCAUCAGAAGGAGACAAAAGCAGGAUAAACCCGAGGAGUUUGCCGCGGCACAAGAAAAAAGGCGAAAGUAUAAAUACGAAAGAGAUUGUCAGGCGAGAGUUCGGGAAAACAGACAACCAGUGUUCAGGUUUACUGAACAUCAAAGAAAUUUCAUGAAUGAAAAGAUGAAAGAAUUGGACGGCAAAAAGGUUGUAGCGGAACAAUGCAGAGUCUGGGGCGACGAGAUAAAUCUGACGAGUUAUCAGGUGGGCCACUUCAUUCGAAACCACCUGGCAAAACAAAAAGAGACCGAGUAUGAAAGAAAGAUGAGGAAUGAGAAACGUCGAAGAGUAAGAGCAGGUCUCGAAGAGUAUAAAAAAGUACCUCGUCCAGUUGGACCAGCUCUUACCCCAGAAGAAGCUCUGCCAGUUAUCAAAACAUUUUUCGAGGAGAAUCCCCAUUACCGAGAAGAAGUACAUGUGGAAUUGGCACGGAUGCUCAGCUGGUCGAAAACGAAGCUCAAGCUCUUUCUUCGUGACAAGAGCUUGGUCCCGGGACGAAAAUCUCGACUUGUUCGCCAAACUCCCAAAAGGCCGGAAUUGCAUUCCAAACUCGUGGAGAAACCAUUCGUUUCUAAAGCAGAUGCUGAAGAAUGGGCGAAAAAGUUUAAUAUGGCUCCAAGCACGAUUCUAACAUUGGCGCAUAAGAACAGAGAGAGACUCUUAAAAAAGUAUCUUUCGGGGGAGAAAACCGUUGAUUCCCUUCCCCCCGCGAUGAGAGCUCUGGAAGAGGAAUACUCGAAAAAUGUAUUUAUCAAGACGGUGGCUGAAGCAAUUGGAAUGAAGGAGAAUGUGGGAAUUGAUCUCAUUUCCGUAAAUGGAUAUUUCUCAAUGAGACGACGACUAGACAGAGAACGAGGAUUAGAUUUUUUAAAAGAGGAAGACGUUCCGAAAAUUUUGGCGAAAGAUGUCCUAAAGUUCAAAAUGGCUCAGAAAAAAGCCAACGCCGCGGUGAAUCUCAAAAAGCCGAACGCCGAGGAUCCCUCUGGUCUGGACACUGGCAAUUUGUAUGAAGAUGAUGUGAUGGAGAAAACCAGCCGCCCACAAAGUCCUGAUGACGAGCACCGAGAUUUCGAAGUGUCGGGGAAUGGCAAUUUGGAUGAAGAUGAUGUGAUGGAGGAAACCAGCCGCCGAGAAAGUCCUAACGAGGACGAGUACCAAGAUUUUGAAGUCUCGGGAAGUCAUGACGUUUUCGAUGAUGAUGACUUCGACGUCCCGCAAAACUUGGAAACUUCUGAAAGAGAAAUCCCGGAUGAGGAUAGCUCUGAAGAUGAUUACGAUUCUACCGUCGAUUCGGAGAAAGGAAUGUACGACUCUGAUUGGGAAUAUGAAGAUCUCCUGGCGGGAGAAAACGAAGACCCCGACAACAACGUUGAUGUGGACGGUCCUGCUGGAGCGAACAUGUUGAUAGAACCCAAACAGGAAGAUCUUUCUGGAGCCGACGUUCUGGAGCCAAACGAGGAGCGUAUGUAA